AGGGAUUCGUGAACGCUCGUUAAGAGGGAGAAAAUUCUUGGAGAGUGUUUGGAAGAAGUAAGGCGGGUGCGGAGUGACGAGGGUCCGAAGAUACAAGCAAAGGAGAGAAAUAUCCCUAAGUGGAGGGGAUGCGGCCAAUAGUCAGAUUAUAUGCAGCCUGUUGAUUCAUUGGACGCAGCAGUAACAGCGGUACUGUAUACAACCUCAGAUGUUGUUAGAGCCGAGGUGAUUGAGCUUGAUCGAUAAUCUCGUUAUAGUUGUUUUGUUUCGGUGUUAUCGGUGUUUCGUGACCGAAGAACAAGCUCUCCUCCUCCUCCUUUCUCGACCGUCGGAAGGAAUCGAGGCGAGUGGUGUGUGAAACGAAUUUCGUUGUGUGAAAGAGGAGAGAGAGAGAGAGAAGAAGCGAAAGAAGAACGAGGGAGCCGGAUUCGAUCGACGAAUACAACACCGCCGUCCUCGAUCGUCCAAGGAACGAGUUUACACGUGCUUCGUUCACCAUGAGGCCUUGGUCCAACAAGUCCCUCGGCCUUGGUUUUCUCGGCUUACUUCUCGUCGUGUCGGGCGCCGUUUUCUAUUUCACUUCGUCCGCCAUUUUUCAUUACAUCCUUCAAAAGGAAAUACCGUUAACGACAACAUCGAAAGCGUUCGAAGUGUGGAACGACACGAGCGGCUUGCCACCCAUGUAUUUUAAAAUUCAUUUCUUCAAUUGGACGAAUCCAGAGGAGCUGAGGACGCCUGGGAAGAAGCCCAACUUCGUCGAGCUCGGCCCUUACGUGUUUCGAGAGAUUAGGCAAAAAGCAGACGUGGUAUUCCAUCCUGAGAAUCACACGGUGAGCUACUUCAACCGUCGAUGGUGGUUCUUCGUGCCUGAGCUUACGAACGGUUCCCUCAACGAUCGCGUCACGCAAUUGAACACCGUUGCGAUUUCGGCGAAACACAAGGUACGAUAUUGGGCGGACACGCUGCAAAGCACCCUUUCGUUGAUGCUCGCGGCAUCGAACGUGCACAUCACGAAGACGGUGGACGAGCUGUUGUUCCGCGGUUACGACGACUCGUUGAUCGAAAUUGGACGAAUGGCGGCCAUAGCGGACGACAUACCACCGUUCGACAAAUUCGGAUGGUUUUACAUGAGGAACGGGUCUACGACGUUCGACGGCCACUUCAACAUGGACACGGGCACCCAGGACGUGGCCAACUUCGGCCAAGUGAGGAAAUGGAAUUAUCGGGACACGAGCAAAUUGUUCAAUAGCCCGUGCAACGUGGUCGAGGGAAGCGCGGGAGAGUUUUGGCCGCCGUACAGAGAGAAGGACGAGAUCGUUUUGUUCAGCGGCGAUCUGUGCAGACCGUUGACGUACGAGUACGCGCGGACGAGUCAACACAUGGGAUUGGAGGGAUAUCGUUACGUGCUAGGCGAGAAGACGUUGGGAAACAACACGAAACGACGCUAUCCCCACGAGCAGGCCAAGUAUUUCGAGCAGACCACCACCACCGAGGACUUUUUCGAUGCGGAACACUCGACCGAGACCACCGAUCCCCCGGAACAGGAUCCGGAUGUGGUGAACAUAGGCAACUUCUGCAACGGGAGAUGCAGCCCCGCUGGCUUGAUGAACGUCAGCUCGUGCCGACACGGAGCUCCUGUGUUCGCCAGCCUGCCCUAUUUCAACAGGGGCGAGCCGAGCCUCAGGGAACGGAUAACCGGACUCGUCGAGCCCAACGAGGAAUACGAUUCCUACAUAAUUCUCGAACCGACAACGGGCAUUCCUCUCAAGGUUUCCGCCAAGUUUCAAAUCAAUAUACUGCUAGAACCGUCAAAGACAGUGACACUUUACAAGUCUGUGCCGACCAUUUACUUCCCGGUGAUGUGGUUCUCGUUGGAGGUCGAAGCGACCGAGAAGUUUGUUAACGAUUUGAAGAAAUUUUUGUCCUUGCCCAACGUGUUUAUAUACGCUGGUGUAAUUAUGAUCCUCGUUGGAUCGCUCAUAAUCCUAACAAUGGUUAUAUUAUACCUGUUAAACAGGCAACGUGCCGCUUCGGUAGCUAUCGACAAGAGCGUGAAGCAAGAGAUGGCAUCGGCGAAGAAAUCGGAACUGGUUUACUUGGACAAGAAUAACACGGGCGACGACGUACACGUGAGAAACGAUCGGAAGUUGUAUCCCAACUCGAUCGAGUGUUUUAAUAUGGAUCUACAAUCGAAGCUACAGACUCAAAAAUAGA